UUGACCAUUGGAGCCAACCGAUUUCACUAUAGCAAAAAACUUUUUUAUUUGAUUGCAAUUCAAAUUGUGAAUAAUUUAAGAUACAAUAGAAUUAAAAGUUGUUACAAUUAAAUAUUUCUACAGAUAAUUAUCAUUAAUAGGAUCAUUGAUUCUGCAUAGAAUUGUAGUGAUUAAUACUCUCCUUGUUCUUUACCUUCCCUGUGUGUUUCUAAUGGUUACCAAUUAUUUAGAAAUGAAAACAAAUUAUUUUGUUUGUUUCGUUUUUUUUUCAUGAUUGUGAAUUUGAAUUCUGUUUAAUUGUUUAUCUAAUUCUAUUAGAAUUGAAUAUGAACCGUUUUCGACACCAGGAAUCGAUGAUGGACCGAUUAACUAAUUUGGAGACUCAUUUACGAGAAAUUUGCUAUAAUCUGGCCUCUUAUAAUCGUAAAAUAGCCAAAACCAGGGACGAAGGUGAUUCUUUGGCCACAUCGAUCGUUAAAUUUGCCGAAGAGGAAAAUGUCAAUUCUAGUCUAAAAUAUGGAUUAGCUCAUCUCGCUGAUUAUUUCAGUGCUGUUCAAGAUCAAAGGAAUACAGAAGUUUUCCAAUUGGAAGGUCGGAUCAUCCAAGAGAUGAGCGUCUAUGGUGAACUCUGCAAGAAAGCAAGAGAGGAAACUCGUAAAGGUUUACUAGCCAAGGCCAAAGCGGGUGACAUGGCCCGAAGCAGUAGCAUUAACGAGAUUCAUAAUGCUGUCAAAAUGUACGAACUACAAAUCGACCGAUUUGAAAAGCGAAAAUUAUCAGAUCUCAAAAGAUACUUCAAAGAAUUGGUUCAGAUUGAAUUGUAUUUCCAUUCGAAAAGUGUUGAACUUUUAACCAAAGCAUAUAAAGAGAUGAUCGAUGUCGAUGAGAAAUCUGACCUUAACUCAUUUCGAAAUCACUUCGGCAUCAAGAGGAAUCAAUCACCAAUCAAAGAUAAUCGCCUAAGAGCCGGUGGAAAAAGUACCAAUAAAACGGCCACUUCGCUCCGUCGAUUCAGCUCUUCACCUGAGGUCUCAUCGGAAAAAUCGACUAAUCAACCAACGCCGACGAUUAGCAAGGCCAAAAGCGACUCUUCAGACAGUGAGGACGAUGAAAUCGACGAAAUGGCCUCAGAGGUUGCUCGCAAUGAGACCACAAUCAAUAAAUAAUCAUCGGUGUCUCCUGAUUAUCUUUUAAAUCUCAACCAUUUGAAUUUGAUUUUUUUACCAAUUCUAAUCAAGAAUUAAUAUUUACUCAUCUCAUUUAUUUCCUUCACGAAAAUGAAUAAAUUAUAAUUUUGGUUCUCGUU